AUGUCAAAGCAGGUUGUCAUAUUACUCAUCUUUAUUUUGUUGGUGUUUGGCAUCUUCAAAUCGGCAAUCGCUAGGGGAGGUGGAGGUGGAGGGCAUGGUGGUGGACAUGGAGGUGGAUUUGGCGGUGGACGAGGUGGAUUUGGCGGAGGACGAGGUGGAUUUGGCGGUGGACGAGGCGGAUUUGGCGGUGGGCGAGGCGGUUUUGGUCCUGGACGCGGCAUCGGACCUGGGCGAGGUUUUGGUCCUGGAUUUGGUGGGGGCUUUGGACCUGGGCGCGGUUUCGGUCCAGGAUUCGGUAGAGGCUUUGGGCCUGGGCGUGGUUUUGGUCCGGUCUUUGGCGGAGUUGAUGUCAUAACGUAUGAACCAUAUUGCCCCUACUAUCUUUGGCCGUGCUACUACUGA